AUGGAUCACCCACCUCGCACGAGACCCUUCAAGUUUGAGAACUUGGAGGACAAUGCACCCGUCGGACCGACAAGCUAUCAACAUGCGCAACUCGACAGCGGUAAUCAAAUACCAUACUCCGGUACAACGAGCCCCAACUCAGAACACAACGCUGCAUACCAUGACAAAUCACAGACGUCACAAGAUAUCAUUCAAGAGACGCCCAGGAGCUUGCCACUUGCUCCCGAGGAGAUGGGGCUGAUCGAAAGACCAAAGAUGAGAAAGACUUCCGAACUUGACCAAGAAUUCCAGUUCGGUCCUCCGCUCCAGAUCAACCCAGGACAAUUCACGAAGCAGUUAAAGAAUCCUAUACCACUCUAUCAGAGUACUCAAUCACCAAUUGUGGCUUCCCAGCCAGCUAGCAAAGACAGCAAAAGUCGACAACUCCCGUUUCCUCUACAAGAACCAGGGCCAGGGAGGCAAAUCGAGGAGAGGACUGGCAACAAUGUUGUCUCUGCACGCGACCGGCUCCCUCCUGAGACAACAGACCAUCCGGGCUCCGUCAUUGUCCAUGAACACAGAGCGCAAGACACUGAACAACGUCCGAAACGGACGGUUGACACUCGCCCUCCACCAAGGGGACCUCCUUCUGUAGAUGCGUCCCCACCGUCCGCCCAAAGACCUUCAAAGGUCGCAUUGCCCCUAUCAGGGCCACACAUCAGUGUACCGCAUGUGAAGAAUAGUCGGCAUUUUACGUCAGACCAGGAACCGGGUGACUCCCGCUCACAAACCAACCAUCGAGCCUCUGCCGUCAAUGCGUCGAGACCCUUACAACAACACAGAAAUCAUGCCGCAAUUGUUGACGAAGUAGAUAUCAGCAGUGAUCGUCAUCAGUUUCCGGCAUUCAAUGAGACAGGGAUUGCCCUUGAUGGGGAGUAUCAUUCUGAGAAAAGAGACGGCCAGUCAAAAGAUCAGUCUUCACCCUCGAGCACUAGCAUGAAACACAAUGUCAGACUGUCACAUACUGACACGUCUCACCACCAAGACAUUCACAUGAGCGACUAUAGUCAUUCCGGUUACCCCGAGACCGAGGACGCUGUCAACGUGGAGUCUAGAGGGGCACAUGUCAGAUCUAUCGACUACCCUGCCAGUCGGCAGCCCAAAAGCACUAGCUCACACUUUGAGUCUCUCCAUCAAGAAGAACCGUCCAACAAAAGCCGCCAAAAGUUCCAUACAUCACAUGAUGUCUUGGACGCGAACACCGUUGGCUCAGGCAAACCAUCCAAACGAGGAGCUGGAAAGGCGCACUCUUCUUCGAAGCCUCAAGCUGUUUCUCCAAUCCGUCGCCGGGCAGCUGCAUCGGCCGCUCGCUUACACAAACAGCACACAUCGAGGGAUCCUAAAACUGCAUACGAACAGAAUUCUCGGCCACAUUUGGAAGGCUCAAAUGUGUCCAGGAGAAGGGCAGCCGUCUCCACAACUGCGAGGUCGGAUAUAAUCGAUAUCACGAGUACACCCGGGAGCGAGAUAAUAAGAUCGAGCCCGGCCAACAACAACAUGAGCGUCAAGAUCAGCCAAGAAUUUACAAAAGAUUUGGCUGGGGUUCUCAACCGAUUCACUACUCAGCACAACUCCACCAGGCAGGAGCUGAGGGAGAGGUAUCACAAAUACAUCAGGCAGCUCAAGAAAGCAAUCAAGAAGCGUGAACAUGAGGCCGAGGAAUACAUUUCUCGGGUUGAGGAGCAAGCCAGCGAGAUCCGAAAUCUGGAGCACUCCAAUGGUGAAAAGACCCAGAAAAUUGAAGAUCUCGAAUAUUCCAAAGGGGAAAUGGCCAAGAAGAUCACAGAGGUGGAGGCAGUGCUUGAAGCUACCGCAAAGCGAGGCUCAAAAGCAGAAGGAAAAUAUCACAAAGUCAAAGACCACCUGAAUGCAGCGAUUGAGGAACAACAAAAGCUAUACCUCAUGUCUAAGUCGCAGUGGGAGAAGGCUAUCAGGGAGGUUCGGGAGACCGAACGCAGUCACGGUGCUGCCUUGGAAGAGAUGCUACAGAAGACAGAGAUAAUACGGCAACAAAUGCUUGAAAAAGUUCGCCAGACAGUCGGUCAAUUGUACGGCCAGAUCGACGCCCUCACACGCCAGAUAGAGCAAAAAGACGCCGAACUGAGCCACGAAAAGAAAGUUGUGAAAAUGCUUUCACAGCAGCUUGAGACCCUUAAGAUCACCAAUGAAGGCUUCGAAGCGCUCCGGUCUCGGCAAAAUGACAUUAUGGGCAAGAUGGACGAACAAAAUGUACAGGCAAUCCAGAGACAAGUAAAAACCGACGACGCAAUCGGGACCCGACUUGGUCAGAUUGCCGAACAAGUUGGGUCUGUUUCCAAAACGGUGUCAGAGCAGCCUCAAGUGCUGUCAACUCUACAGAGCCAGCAACAAGGAAUAUUGAAGCUUAUCACGUCAAAGCUUGAGGCUGUCAUGGAGGCUUCCGGCACUACCGAGAAAACAACCACCCAAAUCUCGGAUGACAUCAAGGCCAAUAUGGAAAAGAUUUUGAGACACUUAGGCCACGAGAAGGACCUUCUGAGUCAACAGUUGAACCAAAAUCUCACGGAAGUUGGCAGGCUUUCUGGUUGCAUUGCCGAGAAGGAAGAGGCGCUCAAAAAUUGCCAGCAGGAGUUCAAAGACAUGAAAAAACGCUUCGAGGACCAACAAAUUCACUUCAGUCAACUUCAGGCGCAUGCUGUGGAGUUAGAAGUCGCUCAUGAGGACAACCAACCGCUCAAUCAACAACUCCAACGCGCCCAAGCAGAAAUCGAGCGGUUGGAAGGAGAGGUUAGCUCUCGAACAACAGCGAUUUCACAACUCGAGAAAACAAUCCGAUCAAAGGAGGAAGCAUACGUCUUUGAGGUCAAGCAGUUUGGCUCACAGGUCCAACAACUCAAUCAACUGAUCAUGGACAAAGAAGCGACCAUCCAGUCAGAAAGCGCCAAAGCUACAGAGCUUGUCCGUCGGGAACUUCUUGUAGAAAAGGACAAGGAGACUGCUGAACUAAACAAGACGAUCUCCCAGUUACGCAGCGACAGGAACGCCUUGGACGACCUAGUGACGCAACUUCGACAAGAGAGAGCCAGCGAGGAAGAAGCCAAAAGGCAGAAUGCUCGUACAAUCGAGCUUUUGAAGGCUAAUCUGGCUAUUUCUGAGAACCAAUGCUCAUCUCUUGCUAAAGAAUUGAAGACAAGAUCGGACGAUCUCGCCGAGUCUCGUCAUCAGAGAUCUACUCGACUCAGCGGUUUGGAGGCAGAUCUUGCUGUUUGGCAGAAGAAGGCAGCCGAGCUUGAAGCAAACUACACCGGGCUGCAAGAGACUGAAAGACAGCAUACCAAUGAGAUCGAGGCUUUGAAAGUCACGCUUGCUGCUGCGGAAAGUAAAUGCUCAUCCCUUUCUGAGGAGUUGAAGGCGAAGUCACUCGAACUCGAACAAUUCCAGCAACGGGGCUCUUCUCGUAUCAUCGACCUGGAGAAAGAGCUUGCCAGUUGGCAGAAGACAGCAGCCGAAUUUCAAGCAACAUAUUCGGAAGUACAGCUGAUCGAGAAAACACGCGAGGAAAAAAUGCAGGAGUGCUUUACUACCAUGGAGCAACUGGCAGUAAAGGAAGGAUUUGUUGCUUCAGAUGCUGGAAGCCCAAAACUGUUCGACAGCGCUACAACGAUGGAUGAGGUAUGGUCAAAGAUUCCCAGGGCUGUAGAGCAGAUAAUGAAGAUGGCAUCAACGAAAUAUCAGGCCAUUCUCGACAAGCAGCACCAACCGCUCCAAGCACUAGGUGGAGUUGCUGAUCAAACAGGAGCACCAGCAAGUGAACUGCAGGCAUUACUUGCCAAUGCAUGCAACAAGAUCGGAAUAAACCCACUGCAAGAAAGCAAAUGUGGCGAUCCAGAUGGAGUCAGUGGCACGAAAACAACUCCACCAAACACGGAGGAGACAUCAUCCCCGUUCCUACAACAUCGCGUGGUCAUGAGCCUUCAGGAUCAAGAACGGAGGGUUGCUGUGCGACGGCCAACAUCUACGGAAGGUAUACGCAAAGUCCGUUUGCCUCCACCGCCCUCUGUUGCCCAGGAAAAGUCAAGGAGGAGAGAGGCUGCACCUCCUAAAUCGAUCAUGAAGAGAAUGACGCGUAGUGCAUCUCGGGAACAAUUGAUAGACAAUUCUUCGGGGAGUGGUGCGUUUGGGAGAAUCGGACCACUUGAAACCUUCACAGCAACUCCCCCUGAAAGUGCGGGUGCUUUUUUGGAGCCAAAUCCCGUGUCUCAUGAAGUUACGUCCGGCCACUUUUCAGAUGCCUCUGCUUCAGGAAGACCUAACAAGCGGAAACAACCUGAUGAUAUCGUGGAUUCUCCUGUAGUUCUUCGGCGCGGGAGAUACUCGAAAGGGGCCGGGGGAAAGGGUACGACCAAAGACAUUACUUCUACCCCAGCUUCAGCAUCGCUUCCUAACGGCUCAGAUGAACGUGGAACUCGCGGAAUAGUACGACCACAACGGAUUUACCGAAGCCGUCACGCCCUGGAUAAGUUGAGCGAAGGCUCUGAGCCUUCUGAAAACGGAUUGAUUUCCAUCAACUUCAAGCCUUCAUUUGGCCUCCUACCCGAGGUCAUGAACGGUGCCAACAGGUUUUUGCCACCCAGAUCAGCACCGACUCGAACUUAUGGCAGUAGAAGGUCCGUUGAUCCUGCGGAAAACACCAACUCGGUCAGUCAAACGAACGGCGAGUCCCAAUCACGGUCUCAGUCCCAGCCACUUUCGCGAUACGGGGGCGCCAAUGAUGAGACCCAAGACUCCAUGACCCUCUCGCAGAAUGCAAACAAAGAAGACGGAGAUGACUUGCCUCUGCCUCCGCCUGGGAAUAAGUUAUGAUCCAUAUGUCGAUGCAUGGCGUAUUUGUGUGGAUUGGAGACUGUGUUUCGAAUGAAUUGAGAUUCAAUAUGUAUACGACGAGAAGAGUGUGAAAGAACGCCUGUAAAAUGUUGGGAGACGGGUCUUGUGACUAAUGAAAAGUUUGAUUUCCACGAAAAUAUAGAAAGAUGAGAUAAAGCGAUGUACGAUGGCAAGAAAAGUCAAAGAUGUCGAGGUGUCAUGACAGACUGUCUGAUCGCGAUAGAAGAGUUAUCCUUACCACACAACACAAGAGAAGGGAGAGCCACUUGGCAGUGAACCUGGGUCACGCCCAGCAUUGCCGACGGCCGAGGGGCGUUGUGCUUAUCUCUUGACUUGUACAUUCUCUAAUCAACCUGGCCCAUCGGUAGAGCGAAGAAGCAACAAACGCUCCAUGGUGCCAAUCCAUAACUCACAGGGUGAUGUUAUAUACUGAUGGAUCGGUGGUACAGUAAUAAUACACGACCAGAGACUGGAUGGAACGAGGGACCCCAUCUUAUUCUUGCGCC